UCAAACUGUGCCCUACUCUUUUGUUCAGUUUGUUCGAUCAAAAACCCUAUGUCUAUGUAAAAUAUUAAUUUCUCCAUCUGUGUAGCAGAAAUACACACAGCUGCGGAGGGAGCAGAUGAGGUAUUGUGCCUUUGUUAGGAUGUUCAGUAGAAGUGGACUUGAAGGUUCUGCCCUAGCAAGAGCCAAGGCCCAGCUCUCUGGGCGAAGAAUGGUAGAAAGUUUAAAUGUCUAUGGAGAUGAACUUCAGGACUAUAUGACUGGCUGCAAGAAAAACAGUGCCCUGAUGGUUAGCCCUUUCAACAAUGAAAUUAGUGACCUAAGUGAUCUUUCAAUAGAGGACACAGUUGAAAGAGAAUGGAAAGGAAAACAAUCUGCAAUAACUGCAGCCACUAUCAGGCCAGCAGAAGGCAUCAGUGAGCAUUUAUUGACUUACGAUCAGUUCUUGAAGAAAGGAGACAAAUUGGGAGUAACACAGAAUCUGAAAGUGAGCAAUUGUGCAUUGAAAAAAGUCGAUGAAGCAAACACAAAAAACCUUAAAGCUGCACCAGCAAGGGCUGGGUCCUCCAAUACUGUGCUGGCCAGACUGGCACAAAUAGAAAACAAAAUCAUGAACAGAAGGCUGAAUAAACAUCAAAUCAAUCCAGAUGAAAAUUUACAGAUGUAUGAUGAUGAAGAAAUUUCCCCUAAGUCAAGUACUGAGCUGAGUGGAAAAGGGAGCAGGUUCCUGAAGAGAACAAUGAAUACUGUGGCGAAACAGGAUUUAAAAGCUGAGUUUCAGAAUAACGAAGCUUCAAAAAAAGAUCUGCCUCAUGCAUAUCUUCAGACUCCAUUUGAAGUGGCCAUUAUUGAUAGUGAUGAGGAAGAAAUGAAAAAGAUGUUAGGAGGCUCCCUAGAACUCUCUGAUGAAAGUGAACUUCUUAAAAGAUCACAAGGGAGCCCACAACACGGCUCCAAAUUGCACAGAAAGCCUGUCUUGAGAAACUAUCCAAGGGGCCACCUAAGAAUGCCUUCUCCACCCAGUGUCGGCUCCCCUCAACUGAGUCUGUCUCCAAGAAUGAAAUUUGUUAAACGUAUCCCAACUUCCUCAACUGAACAAAGUGAGAUUAAAUCUCUGGACGAGUUAUUUACUGAAACCUCUAUUACUGAUGAUGUCAAAAGUCUUGACGAGACCAUUGAAGACUUCAAACUAAAUAUUUUGACUCUGGAGGAUUUGGUUCCAUUUGUGGAACAAAAAUGUAUGAACAAAUCACUGACUUUGGAGAAUGAAGAGAGUCAGCACUCGGGUGAUCAAAGUAAACAGUCAGUUUCCUACAAUUCAAGGUUAAACAUGACAAAUGAGGUCAUCAGUUCAUGUCCCCAACCCACUAAACUUUCAAGAGAGAAAAAUGCAAAUAACUUGGAAAAUGAGAUCUGGGCAGAUUUUGAUGCAACCGGAAGUGAAAUCUCUGAAUGUUUAAAUGAAGAUUCCAAUGUAUCAAAGAAGGGAAGAAAAUCUCCAGGGAAUGUGCCAGACCAAUUAGAAGUAGAUGAUCAGAGCACCCUGUGUUCCAAAUACUCAGAAGACUUUGAAACUUCUAACUGUGAAGUGCCAUCGGUAAAAAUGGAUCAGGAUGAAUCACAUUUUCAGCAGUCAUCUGAAGAGGAGUCAAGAACUGAUUAUUCUGAUAACACUUUCUACUCAACAUCCUCAUCCCCAACACCAGACCAAUCCAAUCUAGCAACUUGCACAGAGUCCUCCUAUUCAGUGAGAUAUAUGAAGUUAAAACUAUCCAAAGUGGCUGUAAAAGAUACAGCAAUACAGACACAACCAUCUGGAUUUCACUACACGUGGCACAGAGAUGAAGGGCUGGCAGUACUUGGAACAUCUCUUGGAGCUGCAUAUGUGGAUCCUACCCCUAUUGCCAGUCACGUUAUCAGCCCUGACGCAAUGGAAGCACUGACUGCAUACAGUCCUGCCACUUUAGCGCUGAAUGACUUGCUGAAACAGCAGCUCUCUUUCACUCGCCAGUUUCUGCAAGUCAAUCGACAUCUCUACUUGUCCAUUAUUGCUUCAAUAGAACAGGAUAAAUAUCAUUACACGACUUUGGAAGAAACUAAAGAGUAUGUCAGAAAUCAUAGAUCACCACCACUGACCUUGGACCAGGCCCUGAAAGAAGUGCAAGAGGAAAUGCAGCAAUAUCACGUCAUUUGACUGCCUGAUUUUACACUGCCAGCGAUGGAGAAAAGAGCAACUGCUGCCAAGAUUGGUACUCGUAACAAUGUUAUCCAGUAAAGCAAUCAAUCUCUUGCUGCUGAUCUGGUAAAGCAAAUUUUCAAACUCUGGUUCUAUGUAUAUCCCAAUUUUUAAAUCCUGAGUAAGCAUAUUUCUAAUCUUGACACAAAUUACAAGCAGAUAUGGAUGAAAAAUGUGUAGAAUAACUCACACACUUUGUGCAAAAAGAACAAUUAUCUCUGUAGAAUUUGCUAAAUUUUUCGUGUUUUGUAGCAAUAAUCGUCAAUAUGUGAACAACAUUCACUCAUUAAAUGUUUUAUAUUUGAUCACA